CCAAUAACACCAUAGAAUUAUUGACUGGAGUAACAAAUGAUGAAGACGUAAAAUUUGGUGAUUUUUCCAAAGUAGGAAACGAGAAUUCUGUGUAUGGGGAAGUUGUCGAUGAGAUUAGAUUCUCAGUUUGUACUUGGACAAUUGGUGACAAUAUUGUGUUUGUUGCUUGUAAUACGAGUGGUUCAGAUGAUGAUAUAAUAGACAUUGAAUGA